GUGUCGAUCAAUGACUACCGAAAACAGUUCACAAGCGACUGCUGUCAGAAGAAAGAUACUGAAACAUUACAACUCGCUUUAUAUUUCCAGCAGAAAAACUUCGCAUAUGAUGACGUCUUCAAUUAUCAACAGUAUUUCAGUGAUAGUCAUUAUCGCUGCAUCAUGUCUGACACAGAAUGCAGAGGCCCGAAGUGGGGUAUGUCCAAACCCAGCAACAGGUGAAAAUACACGCUACAAUGUUGCUACAGAGGUGUGCUGUGGUGGAAACAUCUACGACGUAGAAAGGGGUGAUCGUCCUCUCUGCUGUGGUGAUGGAAUCUACAAUCCAAAAGAUGAGAUUUGUUGUGGCGGAGAGGUGAAGAGUCGAUCAGAGGGCGAGCGAUGCUGUGGGUUUACUCAGUGGUACAACGCUGAUACGUCUAUAUGCUGUGGCCAUCACGUCCAUCUCAGCAAAAAUGGUCGCUUUGAAUGCUGCGGGUCAGCAAAAUACAACACAGCUGAAGAUACAUGUUGUCCAGUAGAGGAAGAAGGAGAUAUUACCAUGACAACCCUUCCUGGAGUUGGUCAGUGCUGUGGAAACAGGGUCAUUGACCCCAGACGUGAAAUCUGUUGUAAUGGGAUGGCACAUGAGAAGACGGAUUCACUGACGCAAUGUUGCGGCAAUUCGACAUACAAUAAAAUGACUGAGAUGUGUUGCGACAACCAAUCCCCUUACACCCCUCACUCACAACUCUGCUGCGAUGGCCAUGUACACUCCUCAGAUAACGGAGCCCAGUGUUGUGGAUCUGAAUCGUAUCUAGCUUCUCAGUCAUCUUGCUGUCAUAAUAACUUAUUCCGGGGAAUCCCCGAGUUGCCUAAUGUACAAGCAUGCUGCGGAGAAGUGUCCUUCUUCAAAACCAAUCACAUUUGUUGCCAGAGUACGCUUUACGAGAGAGGAGAAAACGUAGGAUGCUGUGGACAAGACACGUACGAUUCUUCUACUGAAUUAUGCUGCGGCUUUGCCGACGAAUCGACCUCCAUAUUUGAGAAGUCUUCCCCGUCGGAGGAGUGCUGUGGCCUGUCAACCUACGAUCCGACAAGCCAAACGUGUUGUGAGAUGGCCAGCCGAAGCUUUGAUGACAUUGUUGGUGGGGAAUGUUGUGGUACUGAUCCGGAUCAUGUGCAGGCUUUUGAUCCAUCUCAAGCAACCUGUUGUCGGGGACUGCAAGGAGAGUUUCUGCAUCAUGUACCGACUGGUGAAGCUCAAUGUUGUGACUCUAGCAUUUUGUCACCGAUCGAACUCUGUGAUCCUGUUGGCAAAUACCCUGUUGUAAAGACUGUUGAGACUGACGAUGCGAUCUGUUUUGAUGUAACAUACAACACUGCAACUCAGGUGUGCAUGGAGGACGGUAGUAUUGAGGAUUUAUCUCGUAACCUAGCGGUCUGUGGUAUCGAGCUCUAUGACCCGACAGCUGAGGUGUGCUGCGACGAUUUCAUCAGAGGGCGAUUCGAUGAGAAUGGUUACGAGAGGGAGUGUUGUCCUGGAACUACCAUCUCUUUUAUUCCUGCGCUCCAAACAUGCUGCAUGGCAACCGUCAGCGAUAUCCCAACCGUUGAAUCCGGAUGCUGCCGUAACCAAGCUUACAGCACCUCCACGGACAUGUGUGACAAUAGAGGAAUCAUCCGACCUCUAGACGAAGUAGCAGAUCACCCAGAGCUCUGCGGUAACAUCCCAUAUCAUCCUGAUGAAUAUGUUUGCUGUGGUCAACGACUACUUGGUGCUGGUGAAAUCUGUUGUAUGGGCUACCCAGCACGGUUACUAGAAGGCUCGCAAGAUGGAGAGUGUUGCGGCCUUUAUGCAUUUGAUCCUACCACCGAGAUGUGCUGCAAUGGGAUUGUCCAUAUGACGUCAAACAGUGACGCAUUCUGCUGUGGUUAUGAUCUCCUAACCGAUCCUGACAACCAGAUUUGCUGUGAUGAAUAUCUCCGUGAACGACAUGGUGGUCGAGAUGAGUGCGAUGGUCAGGCUGCUUUUAACCCUAUUACUGAGACCGUGUGCAAUGGAUGGGUAUUUCCCCUAUCACAUGGGGACUGCUGCGAUGGUCAAGCUUACGAUGAUACUAACCACAUCUGUUGCAACGGAAAUAUACAUACCCGAACAAGCGAGCGGACAGAAUGUUGUGGCACUCAGAUCUAUGAAACCGACGACCUAAUCUCCGUCUGUUGCAAUGGACACCUUAGCCAAGGGCAAGCUGGGCUUGCAUGCUGUGGUGAUAUGACAUACGAUCCUCGCGCAGAGAGCUGCUGUAUGAAUGACCUGUUCCCUUUUACCCAGUCCAGAAUGGCCGAACCGAUCAUGUCUUGUUGUGACGCUGAUACCUACCGAAGCUCCCAACACACCUGUUGCGGUGGAGUCGAGCACAAGUUUAUCUCAGAUGGUGAAUGCUGUGGUAUUGACAUCAUCAGGAACCCGGAGGAAGAAAUCUGCUGCGGAGGAAAGGUUUGGCCCAGGUACCCUGGUGAAAUCGCCGAAUGCUGCGGUGGUGAACUGAUCGACGCCAACUACCAGACAUGUUGUAAUGGUAUUAUCCUCUACAUGGGAGACUCUACAGAAUGUUGUGGUGGCAGCGUCAUCAAUACCUACAUGCAGACUUGCUGCGGUGGUGAAGUACAGAUGAUCAACGAUGAAGUCGGAUGCUGCAAUGGAAUGUCGUUUUCAUCGACAGAACAAGGCUGUUGCAAUACCCAAAUCUUCGAUGUCACGACGGAGAUGUGUUCUGAACUAAACAUUAUCAUGCCACUAGAGUCUAGUAUCUCUGAUUCCGAUGAAGAGGUCAAUAAUGGAGCGAACUUCCAACUGCUAUGUGACGGGAUGGAGUAUGAUGUAUUGACAGAGACCUGCUGCGGUAACUUCGUGUUCGAUCUGCGGGAUGAUUUGAUAUGCUGUAACGGUAAACCAUCGGACGCAUCCACAGGAAAGACAUCUUGCUGUGAAGGCACUCCUUACAAUCCUUCUCGCUUUGACUGCUGUCAAGGAGAGCUGCAUCACAAGGUUGACGAUGCCGAAUGCUGUGGUGUUUCUUACUACCAACCUACCAAAGAGACUUGCUGUGACGAUCACACCAUCAGCACUCGAGGAGAGAGAUGUCCCAACGACUUGCCUGCACAACAAGACCCUCAGUGCCUUUGCAACUUGCGGCACAGGAGUGAUGACAUCCCGUCAGCUUGUACUGACGGACUUCAAACCAAACAGCAAAUUCUCAUCGCCAUCAUUGCCGACAUCGGAAGCAGAGACAGUUCCCCGUCGUAUUCUAUAGAGAUAGUCGAAGCUCUUCGUGGGGCUCUACCAGUCGUACCUGAAGAUGCUAAUGGUAGAAUCCCGAUUGUGAUAUCAAGCCACAGUGGAUGCAAUGCUCCAUCUUUCAGACGUGGUCAAAAGGUCGCUCUUUUCCUAGAUUCUAGGGUACGGUUCGAGGAACCUACACUCCAGCUCACAAGAAGCGAUGUCAUCAUGCCAUACAACCGACGACUGGUUGGCAAACUCAACAGAUUUCUUAACCAGCUAGACUAGACACGCGCAUACGGUUGGUUGGGAAACUGAACAGAUUUCUUAACCAGCUAGACUAGACACGUGCAUACGGUUUGUUGGGAAACUCAACAGAUUUCUUAACCAGCUAGACUAGACACGCGCAUACGGUUUGUUGGGAAACUCAACAGAUUUCUUAACCAGCUAGACUAGACAUGUGCAUACGGUUGGUUGGGAAACUGAACAGAUUUCUUAACCAGCUAGACUAGACACGCGCAUACGGUUGGUUGGGAAACUCAACAGAUUUCUUAACGAGCUAGACUAGACACGUGCAUACGGUUGGUUGGGAAACUCAACAGAUUUCUUAACCAGCUAGACUAGACACGCGCAUACGGUUGGUUGGGAAACUCAACAGAUUUCUUAACCAGCUAGACUAGACACGCGCAUACGGUUGGUUGGGAAACUCAACAGAUUUCUUAACCAGCUAGACUAGACACGUGCAUACGGCUGGUUGGGAAACUCAACAGAUUUCUUAACCAGCUAGACUAGACACGCGCAUACGGUUGGUUGGGAAACUCAACAGAUUUCUUAACCAGCUAGACUAGACACGUGCAUACGGUUGGUUGGGAAACUCAACAGAUUUCUUAACCAGCUAGACUAGACACGCGCAUACGCCUGAUAUCUUACUGUUUAACUUAUAGUUUCUUUAUAAGAAAAUCACGAAAGAGAAAGAACAUGAUAUCGAGAAGAACAAAAUUGCUGCUAACGUAAUGGCUGAAAAAGAUUUAUUCGUUAAAUUAUUUUUUGUUUAAUACAUACACAACGAUGAGCUCGUGACCUAUGUUAUGACGUUCGUGAAUAUGGGUCCUGUUGCCAACUGAUGUAAUGCUAUUAAAAUGAAGUAUAUUCAUCACAGUGAAAACAGAGAUACUCCUAGUAAUACAUAUCGUUCAAUAAUAAUUAUUAUAUUUAGUUGUAAAAUUGUGUCCAUAUUUUCUUAUGUUAUAUACUAGUACCAUAAACGUAUCUCUACACAAAAAUUAGGAUGUAAUUCAAUGUUUGAUUUACCUCCUAUGUUACCCAGGAGGAGAGGUGUAAAUCAUCGCCAUUUGAUUUUACACAAUUAUUUAUGUCAGUGAUCUUAUAUUCUUGCAUUUUAGUUGUUAUUGAAUUUUUAUCAUAAAAUAUUACAUUUCAAGAGGUGGUCCAGCUUCCUUGUAUAUUGGCUAUAAACUUAUAUUUGUUCCUAAGUACGAUUGUUAUUCUACCGAUUUAUUAUGUCUACGGUAUAUCAUUUUUAUACUAUUUUUGUCAAAUUAAAGCAAUGAUAUAGCCUAAUCAAUAUUGAUGGAAUAAUAAAUUAGAGACUUUUAAUUCAAUUUUGAAUAAUUGUUCAAGUAUUAGAACUAAAUCAUAUAUACUUAUGAGAAUGACUUUGUCAUAUUUUAUUUCAAUAUAUUUCUUUUCAAUGUAACGUGAUACUAAUUUCAAGGUCCUAGAUUUUAUAUUCUAAAUUGUCAUAUAUUACAAAUUUUGUUUUGUAGA